AUGGCGACCUCACUCAAGUCCAUCCGAUCCCUUGUUCCACUCCUCGAUAGAGUCCUUGUCCAGAGGAUAAAAGCUGAGACCAAGACUGCUGGUGGUAUUUUCUUGCCAGAAAGCAGUUUGGAGAAACUCAAUGAAGCCAAGGUAUUAGCUGUUGGACCCGGUGGUCUUGACAAGGAGGGAAAGAGAUUGCCAAUGGGUGUGUCAGAGGGCGAUAGAGUACUGAUUCCUCAGUUUGGAGGCAGCCCAGUCAAGGUUGGCGACGAGGAGUAUUCCCUGUUCAGGGACUCUGAACUACUGGCCAAGAUCAAGGAAUAG